AUGUCACAGCUGUCUGUUCCUCGUCUUAUGAAUCGCGAUCACCGUCUAGGCUCGCCUAAAUUACCGGUGCCCCGCAAUUUCCAUCACAAGAAGGAUGAAGUAGUUCCAUGUGUUCGCAACCGAACUAGUGUCAAUGGGUACGAGGUUCAACCACAAAACUCAUUAGUAAGAAGACUUUCUCCUCAGAUCAUUAUGGAUAUUCUACAACAUGUUUCACAAUUCGAAUUGGUCAAUUUGGCUCUAUCAUGUUCACUGUUAUACCCUCUAGCCAUAGACCGACUUUACCGAAGGGUAACGGUGGUUUUAAACCCUCAGGUUCCGGUGAAAUACCGUCAGAGUACGGAAUUGUUUAUACGUGACAAUGGUAUCAAGUACAUGGAUUCUGCCCUCAUUUUAAAACCAUCAUCAUUCAUCAAGUUUUACCUUGAAAUGAUGCGGAAUCCUCAAAUGGUACAAAGAAUCAAGUUUUUUGUGUUUGACAAGUGCUCGUCCGAUGUGUUGGCAGGAUUUGAUUUGGAUCUUCAUACACUUCAGGUUCAAUUGAUGACGCAUUUCGCAAACCAGUCAACCAAGCUCAAUUUCUUGCACAUUACAUUUAUUGACUUUUCCAAUGGAAUGCGUCAAUUGACCGAGUUUCUUCACCAUCCCAAUAUCCGCAAUCAAAUCUUCAAACUCUUUAUCACAAAUCUCACAAAUUUGCAUACUCCGAAAGUGCCUCCAGGCAUCACCAACCUUUUCAUGAUGCUCGAUGAAUACGAGCUCGAACGUGUUAAAACAAUCGAUCUAGAUUCCCCCGAGUUCAGUUGCAUUAAUUCCCUCUUCACCUUGACGUGUCGUACAAAUCGUCACCUUGGACUUGAGGUGAUCCGCUUAUUAAAGCUUCCCAAUAAUAAUGAUUCACGAUUAAAACUUCAGCUCAAGGGCUUCAGCUUAUACCACUGCCACAACAAGCGAGUGGCUACCGAUAUAAUACCUUUAAUUCUUCCAGGUCAGAGGACCCCUAUCACAGAAAUUGAUGAUAAUGACUACAUCCAGGCGAUGGAAAAGACACUUCGAUUCGAUGUUAUUGAUAGCAAGAUCGAUCUCACUCGGUUGUCUCAUUUAUUUCUCAAGGUUGAUUGUGUUGAACACCGAAACCGGAGCUGUGAUUGCUUUCCUCGAUUUUUCAACGAUUUUGCAUCAUACCUGAUAGACCACCAAGGACUUCCCAAUUUGACCAGUCUCGAGGUGGAGUUAUUUCCCAACUAUGAAUGGUUACGUCCUCAGCAGUUGUUGGAGGGCAUCAUCCGCCCUGUAGGUCGGUUUAUUCGAACCUUGAGUCUGGUAUCACGACUCUCGCUCGACUUGACAUCGCCCGGAUUCAAGAUUUUUGACGGAGCUCUCGACUUAUCCAGUACCACUCUCAACAAGAUGAAUGAGCAAUUGCUCGAAUCAUUCAUAUUGAGUAUCUAUACUGGCCAGCAGAAGAACAAUCCAUUACGAGUGCUUCAACUUCCUGACUUUGUGACUUCUUUCAUUUAUUACAAGCCAGAAUUCUAUGAGUCCUUGUUGCAUACAUGUACUUGCUGGGGAUGCAAUCAUGUGCUAGAAAGGCUUAGGGACUUGUUUUUCCCUUUACCAAACCACGAUGAUUUUAGUGCUUACUAUGUUAUCUUGGGGUAUAUUCUUAGCAAGUUGCAAACCGAUAGGGAAGUGUGUAUUCCCAUCAAGCAACGCACUUACAACUACAAUAGAUACCCCAUGCAUCGUGGACAACCCCAUGCUUUACAUCACCACUUUCAUACCGAUACUCAAUGUGAGUGUAACAUUGACAAUGACCCUCGAGCCGAAGAUCCUAAUAAUAUCGAUAAUCUCGUUAUUGUUUAUCUUAUACAUCAAUUGCGACCAAUUGUCGGUUUUUUGGCUCGGGUGUUUCGAAAUAUAGACAAGCUUAUGAUCCAAGGAAUACACUACGAGCGAAAUUGUUGCCGUUUUGUGCCUGUGUUUGAUGAUGAACGAUACCCUCCGCAGUUUUUGCAGGAAGCGAACCACGUUGGCAAUACGGUGCCCGACCUUCCUUUCGGCAAAUUUAGAUAA